CGUUUUGAGAUGCGCGAGGCAGCGGUGGCCGCACGCCGAUAACUUUUCUCGCGAUCGGUUCUGACGCCUGCUCACGACGCGGCACACUUGCCAGGAGAGUGUAUUGAGCAGGCGGACUCGGACUCGCCAGUCACGGUAAGCUUGGUGCAGUUGUUGACAUGGGUGGCUGUGAGUUGGCUGUUAUAAGCCGUGUGGGGUUUCAUGCUUAAUUUAUCUUCCCCAGAGAGCCGCAACGCUAACAUGACUCUGCUUGUGCUACUGUGCACUGCUGUCGCAUAUGGAGCAAGCACUCGCAAUGCAGGCAACUUUAAUGUCACGACUCCAGCAACCACCGACGGUGACGUGGACGGCCGCCUUAAGUUGCCCGGAAAAGCAACGCGCUUCAUUGGUGCCUCAGUCGAGCUCUUGGAUCGUGUCUUGCCAGGCAAUCUGGCUGAUGCCAUCAAUGUGACGGACACGAGCAACGACAGUGUCUGCUACCCUCUCGUGGGCUGCUUUCGCACGCGGGACCCGCUGACGGUGCCGACAUCGUUUCCCGAUUCGCCAGAGAAACUCAACACGAGCUUCCUGCUCUACUCGCGUCAGAACCGCAACUCGUCGCUGCGCCUCGACUACCGAUCACGGGCGAGCAUUGAGCGGCUUAACCUGUUCCGCGAGCGCAAGCCGCUCAAGCUGAUCGUGCAUGGAUGGCACGAGAGUGGCGACAGCGAAUGGGUGCUCGAAGCCAAAGACUUGCUCCUGAAUAUCGAAGACUGUAACGUGGUCGUGGUGGACUGGCGGGGUGGCUCACAAAGUUCCAACUACAUCCGUUCUGCUGGCAACACAGCUCUGGUCGGCCGCGAGGGAUCGCUCUUGCUCCAGCAACUGCUGUCCGUGUACCAACGCACGUUGAGCCCCGACGAUGUGCACGUCAUAGGCCACAGCCUGGGAGGCCAGGUUUCUGGUUUCCUUGGUCGCCACUUCUUCAACCAGACUGGUGUUCUCCUGGGGAGGAUCACCGCUCUGGAUGCCGCUGCCCCACUGUUUGAAGACACCGACGUGUUCCUGUCCCACCGCGACGCCCAAUUUGUAGACGCCAUUCACACAAGCGCCGGAGGAAAAGUUAUCAAGGGCGAGUUCGGGGUCCUCAAGCCAUUUGGCCACGUGGACUUCUACCCAAACGGCGGCCAGAAGCAGCCCGGAUGUCCGGCGCUAGAAUUGUACUGCGACCACAAGCUAUCCAAAGACUUCUUUCUUGAGUCUCUACGCAGCCAGCGAUGCCGUUUCAUUUCCGAACCCUGUGGUGGUGGCCUGGAUGCUCUAUUGGCCGACCGCUGCACGCGGAGGGGUGACCGCGGCGAGAUGGGCUACUUCGCUGACCGGGCACCUGGCCGAGGUGUACAGACGCUGGAGACCAAUGAUAAGGCGCCUUACUGCCGCGAGAGGCACGUGCCCAGGAACCCAGCAAGAGACGACACGCCCAGGAAUACUGCAAGAGGUGACACGCCCAGGGGAGACCGUAUCAGACAACGAGGUUGAAAUUAGGACUCGUGAUUGUACUCAACAUAUUCGAGAACGCUUCCGCUGUCUUAGUCACUAUAACUCAGGAGCUCAGCGUUUUUCGAAUACCACAAUCCCCAACCUACAAAGAAAAGCUCCAACGUGUUUUCAGCUUCAAGCAACACGCAGACAUCCUACAAACAACAAAAAAAUGUCUCAUUACCAAUAAUUGCCUAUCUCAGCACGUGGCAAAUAAACAUAUGGUGACAUGGAAUA